GUAAGACGUCCCCACGAUUGAUUGAGUCGUCAUCGCGGCGCGACAUCUCCUUGAGGCGGCAUCUCUGACCCUGCCUCGCGCGCGCGCGCUACUUCCAAUUCGCCAUCGCCACCCGAGCUUUCCUGCUUUCUGCACCGUCCACGCCCACCACCUGUUCGACGAAACGCUGCUGCGCGUCCUGGGCCACCACAGCGACGGCCGACGGGCUGAUCAUGGAACCGCAGCAAGUACCCAUCAAUGACAGGCUCAGCAACCUCUCCAAUGAUCUCAUCUGCCGGAUCAUCUCCAACCUGGACUCGCGCCAGGCCGUGCAGACAUCCCUGCUGUCAAGGCGAUGGCGCAACCUCUGGUGCUCACUGACCAGCAUAAAAGUUGACUUCUGCGAGUUCGACGGAGAGACCGACUCAUGGGAAGGGGACCAGGCGCGGUUCAGGAAGUUCGUCAACAAUCUGCUGCUGCGCCGUGACCCCGUCCCCGUGCUAGACAAGUUCUGCCUCAGAUCCUACAUACCGCACGGUGCCAAUGAUCAGGAAGCCUCGGCAGACGCUAACCUGUGGAUCAGCCAUGCGUUACAGUUGAAAGCCCCAGUAGUGGAGGUUGACCAAGAUAUCCAAACACGGGACACGUUGGAGCUUGGUGGUCAUGCCGUAUUUGCCUCACAGUACUUAACAAGAUUGGUCCUCUCUGCAGUUUCCUUUACCCAAGGUUUCUUCAAGCAACUCGAGAUUGGUUGUUCGAAGUUGGAACAUCUUUCCAUAUAUGACAGCAUCAUUUGCGUCGAUAUAUCUUCCAAAACACUGAAGGUCUUGAUCAUUGAUAACUCUGAGUUCUCUUAUGACUACAAUACUUCCAUUUCUACUCCGAGCGCCACUUCUCUGACCUUGAUUGAUCUUGGAGGCCGUCUACCUUUACUAAAAGACAUGGGAUCACUCGUGUCUGCUUCAGUUUAUCUUACCCGUGAGGCCAUUCCUUUGGAUACUGCUAUCAAUAUUGAUCAGUGGUUCAUGGGCCUGUCGGGUGUAAGACACCUUGCCUUGGAUUUUCCAGUGGAAGUGAUAAAAAUCAAAGACAAUAUGCAAUGGUGUCCGAAAUUCAACAAUCUUGUAAACCUGACGCUGGGUCGAUGGUGUCUGGACUCAAAGUUGUAUGCAUUAACUGUCUUCCUUCAGAACUCACCGAAACUGGAGAAGCUGAGACUAGAGAUUGAUGAGGGUUAUACUGCUAAAGAUAUCAAAGGCGAGCUUAAAGAAAGAUCAUUUACAUGUGAGCACCUUAAGAUUGUCGAGGUCGACUGCGUGGAGGAUGAUCCCCUGGAAGUCGAAUGCUUGGAGGAUGAGCCGGAUCCCCUGGUCAACCGUGUGAAGAAAUUCUUUCGCAAUAGUGGCAUGACCUCUAUUCAGAUUAAUAUCACACACUUGGACUACCACCUGCCUUACGAAUGUGAGAUUUUCAGAGAGGAUCACAAGCGUCCAAGGAUCAGGCAGUAACUUGCAUUGUCAAAUUGUCAUCAUUCAAUCACUGUUUUGUGGAGGCAUGGGGCUAGACUUUCAUCAACUUUCAUCCAGCCGAGUUUGAGGGCACGUAGAAAUGUUUACUGCUCUAUUUUCUGAUGCAAUUACUUGAGGACAAACAAUUGUGUCAGUUGCAUGAAAGGCCUGCCUUCUUGCACUGCCGGCGAUAUAUGCUUGUCCCGACAGAUUACUUGUUUGUUUGGAAAAUUUUGCUGCAAAGAUCUUGAUCAUUA